CUGAGGCUUACAUAAUCACAACCAAACUUAAAAAACUUUCACGCUGCAACUCAUCACCAGCAACUGCCACCAGCCACUUCGACCAAGCCACUUCAACUACAACCAGAACCAAAGCAAGCACAAUAACACAUCAUGUGUCCCCCAACUACUCAGACCAACGGCGAACAACCUACCACGACCAACGGCCAUCCCAUAGAAGAAACUCAUGUCCCAAUCGACUCACAACCAGCCCAAGAGAAAACCAAACAACACAACCCAUACGGCCCAAGACUAUCUGACUUUUUGAGCAACACUUCCAACUUUUCAAUCAUCGAAUCUACCUUGAGAGAAGGAGAACAAUUUGCCAAUGCUUUCUUUGAUACCGAAACCAAGAUCAAGAUUGCCCAAGCAUUGUCGGACUUUGGAGUCGAAUAUAUCGAAUUAACCAGUCCCGCCGCUUCGGAACAAUCCAGACAAGAUUGUGAAAAGAUUUGCAAGUUAGGACUCAAGAGUAAAAUCCUAACUCACAUUCGAUGUCACAUGGAUGAUGCCAGAAUCGCCGUAGAAACAGGUGUGGAUGGAGUAGACGUAGUCAUUGGAACCUCAUCCUUUUUACGCAAAUAUUCCCACGGAAAGGAUAUGACCUACAUCUUGAAGACCGCUGUCGAAGUGAUCGAAUUCGUCAAAUCUAAGGGAAUCGAAGUCCGAUUUUCAUCCGAAGAUAGCUUCCGAUCGGAUUUGGUCGACCUGCUCAGUAUCUACCGGGCAGUUGACAAAGUCGGGGUCAAUCGAGUCGGAAUUGCUGAUACCGUAGGCUGCGCCAAUCCUCGUCAAGUGUAUGACCUUGUCAGAACUUUGAGAGGCGUCGUCGGUUGCGAUAUUGAAUGCCAUUUUCACGAUGAUACCGGUUGCUCCGUUGCAAAUGCCUUUUGCGCCCUGGAAGCUGGUGCCACGCACGUUGAUACAUCAGUCUUGGGAAUCGGAGAAAGAAAUGGAAUCACUCCCCUUGGUGCACUGAUUGCCCGGAUGUACGUAGUCAACCCUGAAUACAUCAAAAAGAAGUACAACCUCGCAGCCCUGAGAGAGGUUGAAAACCUGGUGGCCCAGGCAGUUGGCAUUCAGGUGCCAUUUAACAACCACAUUACUGGAUUCUGCGCUUUUACACACAAAGCGGGUAUCCAUGCCAAGGCAAUCUUAGCCAACCCCAGCACUUACGAAAUCUUGAAGCCGGAAGACUUCGGUAUGACUCGUUACGUUCCUAUUGGACAUCGUCUGGUUGGUUGGAACUCGGUUAAGAGUCGUGCCGAGCAACUAGGACUUCAGCUAACUGAUGAGCAAGUCAAAGAUGUUACGAGCAAGUUGAAGGCCCUGGCCGAUGUCAAAACACAAACAAGUGAAGAUGUGGAUGUCUUGCUGCGAGUAUACCACUCACACAUCACGGCGGGAACUCUUAGCAUCGGGCAACACAGCACACUCGAUGAGUUGUUGGAAGAACACAAGGGUGCCAAAAACGGCUCUUUAAAGCAUGCUCCUCCAGGCGACAUUAACGAUCAAAACAAGAGAGCUAAGGUCGAAGCUGCCUGAGAGAGCUUGCAGUCUUUCCUCAUCUUCCCCUGGCCCCUCUCAUGCUCUGCCACGAAACAAAAAAAAAUGUCGACUAUUCGACCCCCUGCUGCUUGGCUCAGACAAUUCUUGACGUCUUCCUUCUCCUUCCCUCUAUCCAUUGACGAGAACCGCCCGAAGAAGGCUUACGCCAAAUGACCCUACUUUUAACGUCCUUUUUCAUUGUUUUUUUUCUCAGUUGUUAUGUACCCUCCCUCGUCUCUCAUGAUGCGUCGGAAUCUCUUACGGAUCUAUACAAAAAAAAGACCAAAAAAAAAAACUUCACCCGGUUGUUCGUGCCGCUUUUCUCUCACUUCUUCUUUUUUUUGUACUUCUUGUUCUUCAAUCUGAGAAAGAGCGUGUGAUCUCGUCAAGGAAAUCAACUUCAAGCUCUUCAUAUACCUUUGCAAAAAAAAGAGUGGCCGAAGUUUGGAAAACCAUUGGUGUUG